CUCAUCUCCGGUGAGAUUUCAAUCACACGCUGAUCCAAUUCUACUUAUUCUUUUCGAUUUCCAUAGUUUGCUUCUAAUUAGGUAAAAGAUGAAGAUUAGGUUCUGUAGCGGCUUCACAAAGCCUGGGUUUUUGUUAGUUCACUUUGAUCCACCAUCGUUUUUUGCCGUUAGAUCUCGUUCACUCUCUGAUUCCACUUAUGGCAACUUAUGCAACCACAAGAAGAGAUCUGGAAUUGGGAUUGGUGUAACUGUUCAAUGCGCUAUUGCUAAUCGGAGAUUUUCUUCACGUUCUGUGGAUUCAUCACCGAAAAGAGAAAGGUCGUCUCGUCCUUCUUCGGGAAGGGAUAGGGUUAAGGAUAAGGGAAGAGAUUCUCAGUCUUUGUAUAGUCGUCCUAGUUUGUUAGACAUGAAUAAGGAGAAAGCUGCUAAUCGUGCUAAGGUUUAUGAGUUCUUGCGUGGGAUUGGGAUUGUUCCUGAUGAGCUUGAUGGCCUUGAACUCCCUGUAACAGCUGAUGUGAUGAAAGAGCGUGUGGAGUUUCUUCACAAGUUGGGACUUACUAUUGAAGAUAUCAACAAUUACCCUCUUGUUCUUGGUUGUAGCGUGAAGAAGAACAUGGUUCCGGUUCUUGAUUAUCUCGGGAAACUAGGCGUGAGGAAAUCGACUUUCACUGAGUUUCUUAGAAGAUACCCUCAGGUUCUUCAUGCUAGUGUUGUUAUAGAUCUUGCACCGGUGGUCAAGUAUCUUCAAGGACUGGAUAUUAAACCCAGCGAUGUACCUCGGGUGCUUGAGAGGUAUCCAGAAGUUUUGGGGUUUAAGCUGGAAGGGACUAUGAGCACAUCAGUUGCUUACUUGGUUGGUAUAGGUGUAGCUAGGAGGGAGAUUGGUGGUGUUUUAACACGGUACCCUGAGAUUUUGGGAAUGCGGGUAGCUCGGAUAAUUAAGCCUCUCGUGGAGUAUCUAGAGCACCUUGGUAUUCCAAGACUGGCUGUAGCUAGGUUGAUUGAGAAGCGGCCUCACAUUCUGGGGUUCGAAUUGGAUGAUACGGUGAAACCAAACGUGCAAAUCCUGCAAGAUUUCAAUGUCAGAGAAACAUCUCUUCCUUCUAUAAUUGCACAGUAUCCUGAAAUCAUAGGAAUCGACCUCAAACCUAAGCUUGAGACGCAAAAGAAGCUACUUUGUUCAGCCAUUGAUCUAAAUCCAGAGGAUCUCGGCUCUUUGAUCGAGAGAAUGCCGCAGUUUGUUAGUCUCAGCGAGUCUCCUAUGUUAAAGCACAUUGAUUUCCUUACCAAGUGUGGAUUUUCGAUCGACCAAACGAGGGAAAUGGUAAUCGGAUGUCCACAGGUUCUGGCUUUGAACCUCGGAAUAAUGAAACUCAGCUUUGAAUACUUCCAAAAGGAAAUGAGAAGACCACUUCAAGAUCUUGUGGAUUUCCCCGCAUUCUUUACCUAUGGACUUGAGUCCACAGUAAAGCCGAGGCACAAGAAGAUAAUCAAGAAGGGAAUCAAAUGUUCAUUGGCUUGGAUGCUCAACUGUUCAGAUGAGAAGUUCGAACAGAGAAUGAGCUACGACACUAUAGAUAUAGAAGAGGUAGAAUCUGAUCCAUCUUCUUUUGACAUGAGUACAUUAAUGCAACCCGAAAGAGAGGAGGAAUCUGAUUCCGAGUACGAGGAAGAAGAAAAUGACGACGACGAGGAGUUUGCUUAAACCCGGAGUUUGGAAAAAAUCAUUGCACAAAAAGGUCCAAAUGCAGACAAUGAAUUGAUGUACAAGCUUUGUGUCUUGAUGGAUCAUCAUCAUCAUCAGAGAAGAGAAUGAAUGAUUACUUUGAAUUUUGGAACAGAUUCUUUGUUGAUCAGAUUAUCAUUCUCUCUUAUCCUUGUAAUCGAUUCUUUUGUUCAUCAUGUUGUUGAAUUGAUAGCAGAACAAAAUUGACCAGAAGAUGUAAUGACUAAAAUACCCUCAGGGGC